AGUCAUCUAAUUGUUUUGGCAAGUAGUUACAGUGAAAAGCUUUGUAGCGGAUAGGAUGAAUAACGACAGGGAUAACAAGUCCCUGUAUGAAGAAUCAUUGAAGAUGGCUGCGGGCAUCAUUAAGCUGUCAUCUUUCUCCAUUGCCAAGAUGUCUCUUGGACCAUCUGGACCUCCAACUGGGACCGAAAAUCCUGCAGCUGCACUAGAUUCUGCUUCAGAGAAACCACCGCUGCGUCAAUCUGCUAGGAGCCAGAGGUCAGAAAAGCUGCAGAGCAGUUCAAAGCCCAUAUUAAUGCAGCCUGCAGGAGGUGAGAAUGGAGGUUCAAUCUCAAUUCUCCAUAUGAUGCAUGAAAGUGAUGAAACGUUUUCCGACUACAUUAGGAGGGUGCGUGAGAAGUACAAAAAUGAUUUUUCAUGAGACAUCAAAGCUUCCUCAAAUCAUAUUGCUGCAUCCAGCUUACAUAAAAAAGAGAAGGACUGUCUUCCAUCUCUGUACUGUAUUUCAAUUUCUACCUUUUAUGUGCAACUAAUGCACUAGUUACUAUGACCAAUAAGACAAUAUAAUCUGCUUGCUUCU